UCAGCUAAAUCGUUAUGGUGUGAUCACAUUGAAUGCCUAAUAAAUAUAUGAGUGCAAGUUCACGUCAGAUCAUGCAUGAGCCGAAAAACAAAAUUUGAAAAGUGCCAUUGAACCAUGUUGAGACUUGCAUGUAGCUGCUCACCCACUGAACGCAACCAGCAAGUGCAAGCGUUCAAUGUGAGGGUUCCUGUUAAUUUUUCUCAGAUUUUGUUUUUCUCACCCCUGCAUGCUUCAUCAUGCAUAACCAAGCUUGCACUUCGCAUUCAAUGUGAUCAUACCCUUACACUUUGACAGACCACUCACAGAACUUCCUGACCGAGCUGAAUGAAUUGAUACCAGUCUUUCACCAACCACCAGUUUAUAAUAAAAUUAAAAAAUAGUAUGGUUGAUUGGCGAGGAAAAAUAUAUUAGGACACUUGUUUGGAUAAAAUUGGUAUUUAUAUUUUGCAAAUUUAUGAAGAAAUGUAACAGUCGCUGUAAAUACAAAUACUGUACUCCUUAUAAAUGAUAUUAUAAUGUUACUGGUUAGAACGGAAACAGUACAGUGCAUGUCUUAUCGCAUUUAGUUCCCCCCCUCUAUGUCUCUCUACCUAGCUCUGUCUAUCUCCGAUGAGGAGGAGGAGGAGGAGGAGGGUACUUUCUCCCCGGCAGAGCUGGCUGAGUCCCUGUCGUCUUUAAAACCGCAUCAAGUGAUGGUGAUUGGUUCCGUGGUGUUGAACGAGAUAGUGGUGGGACUUGCGGUGUCCUACCUGAGCGUCCUGAUGUGUGGCAUCGGUGUCCUGAUGGCGUGGCGUGGCUUCUCUCCCCUCCGCCAACUGCCCACCUUCCACUGGGUGUGCGUUGACGCUCCACAUAAAACUCCCAGAGUUUUGCUCAGCCGCUUGUUUUAUAAGCACAUUCACAAGCAGCACCACGAGUGGACGGCUCCAAUCUCAGUUACCGCCAUCUACUGUCAUCCCAUCGAGCACACAUUCAGCAAUCUGUUGCCGCCCUUCCUCGGGGACAGGUGAUUUUCCAUAAUAGUUCAAUAGACAAUAGUUGAGCUGGUAUUGCAGAAUGAUUCAAUGUGGAGAAAGCUGAAGAUAGCUUGUUUUGCCUGCGCAUGCGCAGAGAAGCAAGCAGACUACAAUUCAAUCGACCAAUGAGAGCUCUUCAA